GCUCGUAUACCAGAGCGCUGCGCCAUAACCCUGUGCGCGUCGCACUUUUGUCGGGUCAGGGAUGCCCCGCGCAGACAAAGGAAGGAGUUUCCGUGAUGUAGGUGAUAAUCAUCAUCCGGCCAAGAGAGCGGAAAAAGUCGAAGCUUCAAACGCGCGCUGCCACAUCGCACGCCGCCGCCGCCAAGCUGCGCAACUGCACUACAACAUGACUUUAGGAUAUUUGGUGCUGUUUCUCUCACUGGCGAGGGGCUGCUGGUGCGCCCCGCGGCAGGGCUGUGGGCCCGGAGACGAGCUUUUGGGAAGAUGCAGGAACAACGUACAUGAAGAGAAACCUACCUGUACAGAGCUGAACCUGGGCUACUGUAAUGAUAUGGAAUACUCCAGAACCAUAUUCCCAAACACCCUUGGCCACCGGAGUCGUCUCGAGGCUGAAUCAGGGGCAGAGUACCUCCUUCUCAGUGUCAUCCACGGCCUGCUCAAUGGGGAGUGCUCCCCUGAGAUACGUCUUUUAGGCUGCGCGGUGCUUGCCUCACCCUGCAAGGAUGACAAGAUGAUCAAACCGUGCCGCAGCACAUGUGAGGCGUUGAGGAAGGACUGCAGCCACGCCUUUGAGGCCAUUGAAAUGGCCUGGCCCUACUUUCUCGACUGUGACCGCUUCUUUGCCAGCAAUCGAGAGGGCUGCUUUGACCCACUAGCGGGGAUGAAAGCCAGGCAAGAGCAAGCAAUGUCCAGCCUCUCUCCCGAAGAACCCAGUACCAUCAUCCAGUUCACCUACACCUCCAAUGCCCAGAUGUACAGCCUACUGAAGAGAACAGCAGCCAAGUGCGCCCAAAUCUCUCAUGUCUACAGCAUCGGCCGCAGCACCGAGGGCAGGGAUUUGCUGGUUAUUGAGUUCACCAACAACCCAGGGCAGCACGAGCUACUGGAGCCAGAGAUCAAGUUGGUGGGCAACAUGCAUGGCAACGAGGUGCUGGGCCGCCAGCUGCUUCUCUACCUGGCUCAGUACCUUUGUUCGGAGUACACUCUGGGGAACCAGCGAAUUCAGACCAUCAUCAACACAACACGCAUCCACAUUCUGGCCUCCAUGAACCCCGAUGGCUAUGAACUGGCCGCCGCAGAGGUAGAGGAAAGCAAUGACCCGGAGCUCAGCAACCAGGAAGGUCACUUGCUGAACGGUUGGACCAAUGGCCGCACCAACGCCCAGAACAUUGACCUGAACCGCAAUUUUCCGGACCUCACCUCCGUCUUCUACCGGAAUCGCCGCAGUAGGCAUUAUCGCAUUGACCACAUUCCAAUCCCUGACGCCUAUUGGUUUGGAAAGGUGGCACCAGAGACUUAUGCAGUGAUGAAGUGGAUCAGGUCACUGCCGUUCGUUCAGUCUGCAAGCCUCCACGGAGGGGAGCUGGUGGUCUCCUAUCCCUUCGACUUCUCUCGACACCCUCAGGAGGAGAGGAUGUUCUCACCCACUCCCGAUGAGCAGAGCUUCAAGCAGCUUGCUCGUACCUAUGCGGACUCCCAUGCCACCAUGUCCAAUAACGACACAGAUAGGUGUGGAGCCUCCUUUUACCGAACUAGGGGCAUCAUCAACGGGGCACUGUGGUACAGUUUUGCUGGAGGCAUGUCAGACUUCAACUACUUGCACACCAACUGUCUGGAGAUCACCGUGGAGCUCGGCUGUGACAAAUUUCCCUCAGAAGCCGAGCUUUAUCCAGAGUGGAAGAGGAAUAAGGAAGCUCUGCUCAGUUUUUUUGAGUCUGUGCAUCGAGGGAUAAAGGGAGUUGUCAAGGAUGUGGAUGGCAAUGGACUAAAAGGCGCUACAGUCUCUGUCAGGGGCAUAAGGAAAGAUGUCACCACAGCUGAGGAUGGAGACUACUGGCGGCUGCUGAACCCUGGUACUCACAUCUUGACAGCCACAGCCAAGGGCUAUUCCAGGGUCACCAAGAGGGUCCAUCUGCCUCACAACAUGAACAAGGCUGGACGCGUGGACUUUGUCUUGGCGAAGAUUCCUGUGGAGCCUGAUAUCGAUGACCACCUCUUCCCCACAGUAGACACGUGGGAUCGAUUUGACCCCUACAACCAAUUUGAGCGCUACAGUGAGCCAGGCGCACGUGAAGAAGGGAUCGAGCGUCAGGAAAAGCCUUGGUGGUGGACCUACUUCUCCCAGUCUGGCAUGUCACCUCCACACUGGCUGCUGCGAAGUGUCUAAACUCAUUUUUGGGACAAUUAAGAUCCCAGCGAACCACUAAACGGUGCCACAUCCAGGUGUCUAUGAACCAGGAACUGUGACGCUGAAAUCGGCUGUACCUAAAUACACUCCAGUGCUUCCUGAAAGGAUGUGAACAGGCUUUUUUCCCCCCAUCAGUCAGCACAUUUAAUUCUGACCUGUAUGUGGAGUUUUGGCCAAAGUAAAAAAAAUCGAACCACUGGGAAAUAAACGAGUAAUGCCUUUAAAGAAGAUCACAAACUCAAUGGUAUACACUUGAAUAGUAUUAUUUAACAAUUAAUAUUGUGAUCAUAGAUUACAAUUGUACAUGCCAUGGCAGCUGUGAGAAUUUAAAAAAAAAAUGAUUUGACUAUUUUGCUAUUACAUUCCAAAGGUUAUUUCCCUCCAUGUUUAGCCACAUGUUAUGCACAAGGCCAAAGUGAUUUACUGAAAAUUCAUGGACCACUACCAACAUUAGAUAUUGAGCAGCACAUUUAUGCUUGGGUAAUCAGUAAAACUGUAUGCUGUGCCAUUUGUGUGCACUAUUUCUAAGUUUGUAAAUUCACGCUUUUUUUUUUCACAAGCACUCAGAAUAAAUAUCCAAUAUUUCUGGCA